AUGGGUAAAUCUAGGAGACCCCACACGCCGGGUCCCUCGCAAGCCGGUUCGCUGGGUCGCACCUCGGGCCCCAUGGAUGGCUUUGUUUGCACGCCACGAGACAUGCGGUCGGCGCCGACCGCAGCCAAAAUGGCGCCGGCCUCCCCAGGAGAUAGCAGCAGUGACAGCCAGACGCAGGGCUCGCCCAGGGGAGAAUCUCUCACCCAAAUUGCAUCAGAGGUGGCCAAGAUCUCUGCCAAUAUGCUGUCCCGUGCGGACAAAGCUGAGAUGCUGGCAGAAAUCAGGACUGCAAUCAGAGAGGAAGUUAUGGAGGUGAGGAAAGAUCUGACAGCAGCCAAAAUGGCGCCGGCCUCCCCAGGAGAUAGCAGCAGUGACAGCCAGACGCAGGGCUCGCCCAGGGGAGAAUCUCUCACCCAUAUUCUGGGAAUCAGAGCCCCAGAAGUUUACGGCAUCGAAAGGGCGCUGCGACCCUUGUCCCCGGAGGGACCACCAAGAGACGUAAUUUGCUGCUUGCUCUCUUACGCCUUAAAAGACGACAUCAUGAGAGAG